AUGGGACGCCCUGUCGCCUCACCGGAAAACGGAAGACGUCAUCGCCAUGGUAACACAAAGACGCCUACUGUCAUGGCUGUAGCGCUGUGGCACAGGUUGCAACUAACAAGGAUCGCUGCUGCUUCCAGAAGACGAAAGCGUCUUCGUUUGUUAGCCCUGCUGCAUCAGCAAGAGGAAGGCACCAUGCUGUAUGUACAGCUUAAUCCAGCUGUGCCUCUCCUGCGGCUGUACAGCAACCCAGAAGCCUGCCUGAAGAGAGAUUUCAGACUCACCCGACAGUCUGUUGGCCUUUUAAUGACAUUAAUUCGGAGUCCGAGGGACCACGGCUGGGGUCAGGAGCUGGAGGUCCUGGCAUUCCUGUACAGCCUGGCACAUGGCCUUUCCCUCUCUGUGGUGGCUCGUGCGUUUGGGAUGCCGAAGUCCACUGUGCACCGGGUCAUCCACAAGGUUGCCGGUGAGAUAAAGGCAAAGAUGGGUGCCAUGAUCUCCUUGCCCUCAGCAGAUGAGCUGGCAAAUAUUACAUGUGGUUUCUGCCGGCUGGGACAAAGUCCAGUGUUUGGCAGGGUUGCUGGCGCUCUGGACGGAUGCCACAUCUGCAUUAAACCACCGGGCAAUGAGCACCAAGGAGACUACCUGAACUACAAGCUGUUCUACUCCAUCCAGCUGCAAGCAGUUUGUGACGCCACGGGGAGAUUCCUGGACAUAUUUGUGGGCGAUCCAGGGUCUGUCCAUGAUGCCAGGGUGCUUAGGAAUAGCCCAAUCUACACCCAGGCAAUGCAUCCCUCCUCCGGCUUCUGCCUGCUGGCAGUCGGUGGCUAUCCCUGUCUGGAAACCCCAAUUGCCAUCAUCACCCCUUACAAGAUGCCCCUACAUGGACGAGUCCAGGAGCGUUACAACCGCCACCACUCCAGGGCUCGUUCUGUAGUGGAGCGAGCGUUUGGGGUGAUGAAGGCAAGAUGGAGGGCCUCAUUUUUUUUUUAAAGCUUUGGAGGUCAGCCCUGCCUUUGCUCCAGACAUAGUGGCGUGUUGCGCAUUUCUGCACAACCUCUGCCUCACCACGAAUGACCUAGUAGAGCUGGAGGAGAACGUCAUCCCUGAUGGUGAGGUCCACGGCCAGCAACACCCACCAGGAGGGCAAGAGACAAGUGGCCGUCAUAUCAGAGACAGGAUGGCUGCUGCUCUGUCCACCCCUGUCGUCCUCCCACAGCACCUGCAGGAGCAUGAUUACCUGUAACCCCCCCCCCCCCUUUUGCGUUUUCAUUGAGAAAAUAAAAUU